UCGUGCCGAAUUUGAAAACGCGCUUAAAACUCCAUCGGAAUCGAUAAGUUGUGAGUGCCGGCGGCGGCUAAUUCAGUCGACUCUUUCCCGUUGGCUGAGGUUCACAUUUCAGCACGACACCCUAAAUAAUUCACCCGAUUAGAUACAGUUUUCAUCCUCUCAAUAAUAUAACACGUACAUCAGCAGGAUUGUUGCAUAAAUUCUUUAGUUCGGGUGAUUUUAAUUAAUAACGAAAACGGCCAACGGAAAAAGUAAUCAUUCACAGAAAUUUGAUCACGUGGGAUGGACACAGAUUCAACACGAUAUUCUGAUUACCUGUUUGCCCAAAUGUCGUCAGAUAGCAACCAGGCAAAAGUGGAAUGUACAAAUCAGCCGAGUAAAAAUGAAGAGCUGACCGGCACCAAAAAAUGGAUAACCGAAAACCUCCUCUUUAUAAUUACCCUCUUGGGUGUUAUAAUCGGAAUUGCCGCAGGAUUUGGACUACGCUCACUAGAACUUUCAGAGAGUUCAAUCAUACUCAUAUCAUACCCUGGAGAAUUGUUCAUGAGAGUACUGAAAUUGAUUAUUCUACCUUUAAUUAUCUCUUCCUUGGUGGCCGGUAGUGCCAGUUUAAAUGCUCGUUUGAAUGGUAGAAUAGCACUCAGGACUCUGAUUUACUUUUUCCUAACGUCGGUCAUCAAUGCUGUCCUUGGUGUUAUGUUAGCUGUGCUCAUCCAUCCGGGUGAUCCGGGCCUGAAGCCACUGGACGACACACACACCACCAACAGUAGAAAGAGCGUGUCAGUAUUAGACAGCCUCCUCGAUUUAGGCAGAAACAUCGUCUCCGAUAAUAUUUUUCAAGCAACAUUCCAACAAGCUCAUACUGCUUACACUAACACUACUAUAAGAACUUUUAACGAAGAAAAGAACAUACUUGAGUCUUCUGAUAUUGUGGUUAGAGAAAUCCGUUACAGGUCCGGAACUAAUACACUGGGCAUAGUCUUUUUCUGUUUGAUAUUCGGAACAAUCCUCGGCACGUUAGGACCUAAAGCCAAACUAGUCAUUGAUUUUUUCAGUGUAAUUUUCGAAGUAAUUAUGAAAAUGGUAAACGGAGUGAUCUGGUUAACCCCUAUCGGAAUUAGUAGCGUUAUAGCAGGAAAAAUUCUUUCUGUGGACGAUAUAGUCCUGGUAAUAUCCCAACUGGUCUGGUUUAUAGCGACUGUAGUCUUGGGCGUGUACAUUUAUCAACUCAUAAUUAUGCAAUUAAUAUAUUUAGCCUUCGUACGAAAAAAUCCUUUCAAGUAUUAUUUGGGUUUGGUCCAAGGAACGUUGACGGCUUUUGCUACGGCGUCCACCGCAGCAGCUUUGCCUGUUACAUUCACACUUAUGGACAAAAAGGUUAAGAUUGAUCCUAGGAUUAGUCGGUUUGUGUUGCCCAUCGGCUGUAACAUAAAUAUGGAUGGCACUGCCUUAUUUAUAGCAGUGGCAUCGAUUUUCAUUGCUCAAAUGAAUGGGGUUCAUCUGGGAGUUGGAGAAAUAGUUACCGUCUGUUUUACGUCGACGGCAGCUUCGUUUUCUUCUGCAAGUGUUCCUAGCGCAGCUUUGGUGCUUCUUUUGAUGGUUUUAUCGGCCAUUGAUACUCCUGAUCAAGAUGUAUCGCUAUUGUUUGCUGUCGAUUGGCUUGUUGAUCGAUUUAGAACAACAAAUAAUAUGCUUGGUGACUGUUAUGCAGCUGCAGUUGUAGAAAAAUUAUCAAAGAAAGAACUAAUGGCUUGUGAUGCUAUACAGGAUAAUCCAAAUGGAUUUAAUAAUCACAUUGAUUCAAACACUGAAAGGGACCUAGAACCAACAGAAAUCAUCAUAGAAGGCCUCACCAAUGGUGCUAGAAAAUAGAUUCUCAAACGGGAACAGAGUUAUAUUUUCGUAUUGAAUAGAUUUAGCUCAAGAUGUUACACAUAUCGUUUAUUUUAAUUCAUUUAUGGAAGAUGUUGGAAAUAUAAAUGUUUGAAAAAUAUUGAUUAUUCAUUACGUACGUAUUGACCCUUCCACAUUCUUCUUUUAGUCAC